AUGGCAGAUGCACAAAGCUCCCAGGAUACUACGGACGACGCCUCCUUGCCAAGAACCGGACAUGACGUUGGGGCCGCCGUUGCCAGUGCCGACAGUCUUUCCAAUGUAGGCAACCAAGAUGGACAAGUACUUCAGGAGAAAUUCGGUGUACGAAAGGUCAUUCGGCACGGUGACCGAGUGACCAAGAUCAACAACACCACCGAGGGCCCCUUGCGAAUAUCUAAUGAAGCCGCCGCGAUACGCUUUCUCAGAGAGAACACAACGAUUCCGGUUCCGACGGUUUAUGAGACGACUUCAAACUCCAUUACAAUGGAGUUUGUUGAGGGUUUAACCUUAGAGGAGGCAUGGAAGGACUUAUCCAGUACUGAAAUUGCAGCCAUCAGCGAGGAACUCCGCGAUUAUCUCACCCAGCUCCGGGGCCUGAAAGGGUCCUUCAUCGGAUCAUUCGACGGCGGUCCAGCUGUUGACUCUCGCUUGUUCGUCAACGAGGGGGGCCCGUUCCGGACCGUGGCCGAGCACAUCGACUUUGUGCUUUCAGACCCUCCUCGGAACUGGCCGGGGGCGGCGCCUAUGCACAACAUGGUGCGCAGCCAGAUGCGGACGGACUAUGAUGUGGUCUUCACUCAUGGGGAUUUGAAGUCCAUAAAUAUUCUCGUCCAAGGGUCACGCAUAACGGCCAUCAUCGACUGGGGAUAUGCGGGAUACUACCCAGAGUAUCUCGAUUAG